AUGAUAAACCGAGACUCUCUGAUUGACAGCGAUGGUACAGAGUGGGAGUUGGAAGAGGUUGUACUGGAGAAAGGCAACACUGGCCUUGGCUUUAGUAUUGCUGGAGGUCUUGAUCAGCCAAUGGCAGAUGGAGAUCCAUCUAUCUAUGUCACCGCCAUCAUACCUGGUGGUGCUGCUGCAGCUGAUGGUCGUAUGAGACAAAAUGACAUUAUUAUGAAGGUUAAUACAACUGACUGCUCGAGAGUGCCACAUGCUGUCACCGUGGACGCUCUAAAAACUGCUGGCAAUGUUGUUCGUCUAGUGUUGAAACGCCGAAAAUUGAAGCGGUCUUCUAGUGGCAUUUCGCCUUACCAGUCUGGGAGUCACCUUUCGCCGCUGGACCACAGUUCGCCAGCUGCACCACCCUAUGCACCGCCAGCCCCUCCGUCGCAUUCGUCAUAUACCAAUAUUCCAGUUCAGCGUUCUAGAGAAAUAGAAAGACUUGAAAGAAUUCCUGGUGCUCAAAAGAUUGAACUGUAUAAGAGACAAAAGGGACUUGGCUUCAGCAUUGCUGGUGGGGUAAACAAUGAACAUAUUGCUGGCGAUACAGGGAUUUAUGUUACAAAAAUUAUCGAAGGAGGUGCGGCCUAUCAAGAUGGUCGUCUGCAAGUCGGCGACAAGCUUCUCGCAGUUGAUGACACUUCUCUAGAGAAUGUAAUACACGACUUUGCUGUUGAAACUUUGAAGAAUACGUCAAACAAAGUCACUUUACUAUAUUUGAAGAACCCCCAUCCAGAAAUUCUCCCUGUAACCACAACACUGGAUGACACUACACCCUCUCUUGGUACUACAUCUUUUCACCAGCCAGGAUUCAUAUUUUCAAAAAUAUAUUUAGCUGGGGCGUCACUUAGCCGUGAAUCUCUUGGCGCGCGUACACCAGUUUCGUACCAGGCAGGAGCACCACAAGAACCUCCCCUUGUGCCUCGUACUGUAGCCUUGAACAAAGGAAUGCAGGGUUUAGGAUUUAAUAUAGUUGGUGGUGAAGAAGGAGAACCAAUAUAUAUUAGUUACGUUUUGCCAGGUGGUGUUGCAGAUCUCUCUGGAAAUGUUAGGAAAGGUGAUGUGUUAUUACAAGUAAACGGAGUCAACUUGAAAAAUGCAAAUCAUGGUGAAGCAGCGCAAGCAUUAAAAGAAGCGUUAAAUCCCGUAACUCUCACGUUGCAAUAUCGACCUCAAGAAUAUGCUGAAUUCGAAGCUAAGAUUGAACAGCUUCGUAGAGAGAUGAUGAACGCUGGCGCUGUGCCUGUGGGUGGAGUUGCCAGACGCGAACUUUAUGUCAAGUCGUUAUUCGAUUAUGAUCCUGCUCGUGACGCCGGUGUUCCCAAUCGUACUUUAACGUUCAGUUAUGGUGACAUACUUCACGUUUUGAGCUCCACAGAUGAUGACUGGUGGCAAGCAAGACUAGUUAACGAAAAUGGUGAAGAAGGGAGGGAAGGAUUAAUACCGUCGAAGAAGAGAGUAGAGAAGAAGGAGCGACAAAGGAGAAAGCAGGUCAAUUUCAACGCUGGUAGCCAAAGUUUGGGUCGCAAUUCUGGAAUGGAUGGUCGUCGAGGUUCGCGUUCGCAACUGUCCUUUUCUCGCAAGUUCCCUUUUGUGAAAAGUACUGAAAAACUGAACGAAUUCACCGACAAUGACCUUGGUAUCAGCGAAGCACCUAUUCCGACAUAUGUCGUUGUGGAAAGGCAACAGAUUAAUUAUCCCAGACCUGUUAUCAUACUUGGCGCUACUAAAGAUCGUAUUAACGAUGAAUUAGUUGUUAGAGAUCGAAAUCGCUUUAGCAGCUGCGUACCUCACACCAGCCGUCCCCCGAAAGAACACGAGGUGGAUGGUCGUGAUUAUCAUUUUAUUUCAAAAGAGCAAAUGCAAGAAGAUGUUAAAAACAACCGUUUUAUUGAAGCUGGGGAAUACAUGAAUAAUCUUUAUGGAACAAGUAUCAGUUCGAUUUUGGAUGUUGCAAACGCUGGACGUCACUGUGUCUUGGACUUGAGAAGUGGCAAUGCUAUUCGCCGUUUACAAACAACAGCAAAUAUAUACCCAAUCGCAAUCUUUUUGAAACCUCAGAGCUAUCAUCAGAUCAUGGAUUGGGACAGAGGAAUAACCGAUGAAGAAGCUAUGAAUCAGUUCCAGUAUUGGCAGAAAGUUGAACAGAACUACAGCGACUUGUUUACAGCAGUUAUUGGUGGUCAGUCUUCAGAAGACCUCGUCAGAAAGGUACUCAGUAUUAUCAACGAACAUUCCCGGUCUUUAGCUUGGGUCCCUUCUCAAAAUCAGAUUAUUUGA